AGAAUCAGAGCUCUAAAUAAGCUUUGGCGAGGAAACCAAAGUGUUUUAAGACACAUUAAUGAUAUCGUCAGUCACAAAAUUCCUGUGUGCUUUCACAUGCACAGAGAUCCAUGAUAUAUUAGUGCGAGCUUGCUCCUGUGAGCCGCCGUGAUCUGUCUCUCAGAAGACGUCUUGUAGCGUCACAUUACGGAUGGUGAGGCGUCGUAGGUCUCCGGAUAAAACGGCUCUUAAUGGCUCCGGAUAUUGUGUAUAUCCGGAGCCAUAAUACCUUGUGUAGGGGCGCCCCGCCCACCCCUGUCAGUGAAGGAGGCUGACACUACCCAGUGUUGGCAUACGCUGACACUACCAGUGUUGGCAGAGGUUAACACUACCAGUGUUGAUAGACGUUGACAUUCGACCAGUGUUGGCAAAAGCUGUCAUCCUGCCAGUGUUGGCAAAGGUUCACACCCUGCCAGUGUUGGCAGAGGCAGGAGACUAGUGCCACCAGACUCGGCGUUGCCGCCUUACGCAGCCAACAGCUGUCGGCUCAAUACCUCAGCAGGUGUAUUGUGUCGAGCGCUGGCGCCUCUGACAGGUGUUAGUGCCUGGCUCACUUGUCGACGUUCCUGCAGGUGUUAGUACCUGGUACAGCUGUGAAAACUUCCCAGCACCCAUAACACCACCUGGGUUGUUCCCAGCACCCAUAACACCACCUGGGUUGUUCCCAGCACCCAUAACACCACCUGGGUUGUUCCCAGCACCCAUAACACCACCUGGGUUGUUCCCAGCACCCAUAACAACACAUGGGGUUUUUCCCAGCACCCAUAACAACACCUGGGUUGUUCCCAGCACCCAUAACGAGAGACGCGAGAACGCCGACGUGUUGACAACAAAAUACGCCGUAAACACUCAGGCGUAUUUACACCCAAAAACAAAAACAAAAGUACACCCAAAACAAAACCUUGUUCGGUUUUAUGCGUAUUUACACCCAAAAACAAAAACAAAAGUACACCCAAAACAAAACCUUGUUCGGUUUUAUUUGAUUAUUUUACGCCGCUCUUGUACUUGCUUCCGUUGUUUUGUAUGUGGCCUGACAUCAGCUCAACAAUACAAGAUUAUUACCAGCGAAUAUCAAUUCCGACGAGCGGAACACGGCGAGAACGUAUUGAUGAGUGGGGGUGAGGACCCACGUGGCCCAGGGAAAUACCGCCAAUCCCGAAAGGCUAAGAAGUCUCCGGAGAAGCUUGAAGACCCCUGGGUGCCCCAGAGAACCCAGGAGAGUGACCCUGUCCCAACCCAACCCACUCAUAGCCUUCAUCCCCGUCCCCAAGGACCCUCUCGCUCCCUGUCUCCUCGGCCUACUCAGACCUCUUACCCAUCCAGCCCUCGCCCUCAAGGGCCUUCGCGCUCCCUCUCACCACAGCAUCGCUCGAAGACACCGACAGGGAGCGUAUUCUUCAAGACGAUCCAAGCAUCGAGAAACAGACAGAAGCUUCUGAAGGAAACAACCACGCCCACCUCGUCCUCCUCCUCCAGUACCCCAAGCAAGACUGACCUGGGCGAUAUUGUGCUGUAUUUACAAGGUGCUGUUGAUGCCGAGGAGAGCAGCUUAGACCCACAGGCAACCGUAGCACACUGGCGGCAGAAGCAGAAGCAGCAACAGCAGUUUCAGAAACGACAGCUGCAAUUUCAACAGCAGCAGCAGAGCUUACUACAACAUCAGCAACAAUUACAACAGCAGCAGCAGAUACUAUCUCAGCAGCAAAGAAAGCAAUGUGAGAGCUUACAAAGACAACAGAGAAUACAGUAUGAGGAUCUACUGAAGCAACAAAAAAGGUUUGUUCAAAUACAGAAAAACCAAGUACACUAUCGUCAGCUAAUUUAUCAGCAGCAACAGGUGCAACAACAGUUGUUGGAGCAACAUAACAUACAACGACAACAACUACAAUACCAUCAGGUACAGCAGCAGCACCCUAUACAACAACAACUGUAUCAAAUCCAACAACAAUUUAUUCAAUUGCAACAGCAGCAGCAUCAACUACAGCAGGAACAACAUCAGUUCAAUCAACAAUUAAAAGAGCAGAAACAGUUAGAAGCUGAACGAAAGCAGAAAAAACUCGAACAAGAACAGCAGGAAAAACAACGAGUCAAAAAGGUACCCGAACGUUCAGAGGAAGACAGCGACAAAGAAUCCUUUAAUAACAUCAAUAAACUCCUUCAGAAUGUUUUAAGUCCCACAGAAGAAGAAAUACAAGAGAGCGAGGAGGGAGGGGCUGAAGCAUUAGCUAGCGAGUCAUCUGUUGCUCAGCAAGACGCCAGCGUCGAGGGUCCAGGGGAGGAGAUAGUUGCAGACGUCCAACACGAGGUCAAGAGAGUUGAAGAGUGUGUCGACAGAGUUCGAUCUUUCAGUUUCAGUAGUGUUGCCACAGAAGACCAUAGAGUCAAACAGUUCUAUCCACAACCACGUCGAAAAUCUUUAGGGCUCAGCAAAGGGCCAUCUGGGGUAAAUGUGGGACCAUCACUGCUCCACCAUGGUCCUGCAGGGCAACAGAAAGGCCCUGGAAACCUAAAUAAGGGCCCAGCCUGGCUACAUAAAGGCCCGAGCCAUGUAAAUAAAGGUCCUAGCGAGCUAACGAAGGGCCCCAGUUGCCUUAGCAGAGGUCCUGCAGAGAUAAACCUUGGUCCCUCAGACAGACGGACCGGUCCUUCGGGGAUUAACAAAGGUCCCAGUAACCUGAACAGAGGCCCAGUAACAGAACACUUGAGUCACGCUACUAGUUACAAGGGUCUUUCCUCGUUAGCUAAGGGCCCAACCAGCAAAAUCCUAGGUCCUGCAAGCUCGAGGCUGGCCCUAGAGCAGACUCACUGAGCACAUUUCGCAACUUUCACAAUAUUCACUUCGGAGUCGCACAUAAGAAUACAUAUUGACGUACUCCAGGUAUUCUGACCACUUGCUAUCACAAACAAACUACAGCUGUUCUACUGUUCUUCCGUGACUCGUAUUUAUUCCUCGUACGUAAACUGUUGUACAUGAACUGUAGAGAACACUGUACCGCACACUGUCAAUCCAUGUCCAUUUAACGCACUUAACUCGUAUUUUUCGACGUGUCUUAAACUGUGCAUUAUAUUUAGUCAAACGUUUCACGCAGAUGUAUAUGAUAAUGCUUACGACGAUGGAGUGCAAGGUACAAGUGGAGUUACGAAGAUAAGGAUUUUUGAGUCAUCAAAGAAGUUCUACUAUCAACUAGUGACUGCUGAAGUCAGUGAGUCAGUGAGAUGAGUAGCAUACCUCACCGUAGGUUCUUUAGCACUACUGGGAAGUCACAAGAAGAUUGUAUACAAGGAGUUUAAUCAAGAUGAUGUGAUGGAGAGGGUCUCAAGGCACUAAGGCUACAGGGCUCGUCCGGAACCACGGAGUGAACAUCUUGCACGUCUAGUUACUAAAAACACAAGACUGAAUUUAAUUUUAGUCAAAUAAUGUGACCAAAAUAUAUCUUAAUACUUAAUAAUAACAUCGAAGUGUUUGAGUCAAGAGUUGACAGCGCUUCCGGCCUGAAACUUAUCUUCCUCCAGUUGCAGCGCGAGAGCCCGAAACCUCGUCUCGCACCAUGUGGUGGAGUAGCUUGGGGAUCCGUCGGUGGAUGGCCGGGAUGUGGUGAGGCCUGGGUAUGUUCUGCUUGGCCAGCCUUGCUAUCAAGGGGCACCUUCAGCCACCUUCUCCCGGAGCACGACGCCUUCAGGGCACAGCAGAGAACUCUAUAGCUACCUGGAGGCGUUGCUACACUUAUGCGGCCACACCCAGUGAGUGGCCAUGGCUCAGUCACACCAAGUGCUUGCCCCGUUGGCCAGGAGACGUAAUCUGAUCUCUGCGGCGCCGGUGCCCGCCCCUCUCGCCGUGGAGGUGAACGGGUACGUGGCGUAGCGGCCGCUCCUUCUGCCCCACUGCCUGUCCCUGCACCAGGAGGGUCGUCGGACUACACCACACGUGUAUGGGUAUCGCAGAUGGGGCAUCUGUCCUACACCCAGGAGCACUACGGGGACUCGACCUGCUCAGAGCAGGGCACGCUCAGGGGGCUACGGCAGCUGGUCGUCUCCGGGUCACCCGGGCAGAUGGGCACACCUCCUCGCCCUCAACUACACAAUUAUACAAGUUAAUGGUGCAAGGCAAGUUAGGUGGAUUGGGCAGUGGCGGACGAUCCAUUAGUGUCAGCUGGACGGUACAGAGUUUGGACCUGAUAUUUGUCGGGAGUUGAUAUUGCCUGUGAUGGGUGGUGACGCCAUGGUACUUGACAGCGUGACGUGCACCCAGACUCCCGGGGCUGUGCCCUGCGUGCUCCAGCGUGCAUGGUGGCAUGCGUGCUCCAGCUCCCCGACACCGGCUGGUAGUGACUCCCGCGCCCAUCACUACACACGAACGCCAGCUGCAUCCUCUUACACAUCUUGCACGUGGACAACAUCCAACUAGAGAUAAUAUUAGACAUAAAGAUGAUAACUGAAUUCAGUCAAUGAACACAGGAUGCUGUUGUAAGAACUGACAAGAAAUCUGGGCAACAAAGGAAUUUUGCCACAAAUCCAGAUGUGCAGGAAUCCAACCAACUUAGGACUAAGUUGUCACGGGCCAACCUGACGACUUUAAAAGAUGGAAGAAUUGAUCAAAAGAAUAACAUGAAAUCCAUCUUGGCAAGAGAUUUUGAGGUGAACAUGAACGGAAUGAUAACAUGAAUGUAGUCCAUUUGCUACAUGCAGAUUGGAAUUACUGUUGAAAAGGUCAAUUAUUAUAUCGAACUACAUUCACAUAUAUUAUAACAGAUAAUGGUACACAACCACCCCAUCAUGCUCUUGACUGCAUGUCUAUUGCCAGCUUCAAUGUCUAUAUCAAAGUGAACACUAUUUGAUAUUACUUGUUAAUUAUGAAAACAAGAAUUAUUUUUUUCAAAUAAAUCAAAUCAAACGUCGUGUGAUUUUUAUAAUACUCUUAUCUAUUAAGUAGUAAGGUGCAUUACACCAUAAAAAUAACAAUUGUGCACUUUGUGAUGAAAGCACCAACUUGUAUACUUUGUCAUGUCAUUGAAGUAUAAUGACAAAGGCUUGGAUCCAAAAUGACCCCCCCCCCCAUCACAUUUCUCCAGUCAGAAUCCUUCCUAUUUAAGACCUUUGCUUUCUUUAAAUCAAUGUUUUAUGCAUUCUAGUAAGCUGCCAUUUAUUCCAUGUGCCUGUCAUUUCUUUGCCAUUCUUUCACGCGGUUUUCUUUUCCUUUUAACUUUUUUUUUUGUAGUAACUGUUUACUAUAUUCACUGGAAGUCCCUUGAGUAGCCAGUGAACACUGCUUUAUUCAGUGUUUGUUGCUCUUUCAUCGUACAUAACUUUUAGUCUCAUCUUUUAAGGGUCCUACAGUCUUGUUUUGGUUUUACUUCUUAUGAAGGCAUAGAAUUUAGGAGCUCAAAAGGCACUUGUCGGUACUUUUGUUCGUCACAUUAAUGGUAUGUUUGUAACACGUUACAAAUUUGAAAUAAUAAAAUACAAUAGUUCACAUAGCUGUAGGAUACUGCGUGUUGUGUCUCGUUUUGAAAUCUUGCGGGUGGCCGCCUCCAGCUGACUCUAGAAUCCUUUGAUCAAAGUCUAUUGGACCUAGCUU